AUGCCGUCGAUUCUCUCUGACGAGGACAAGCAGACGGUGAAGCGCACCGUGCCCAAGUCGGCCAACAAGAUCCACACCGUCGCUGUCGCCAAGUUGUACAUUGCCUACCCCGACCCGCGCCGAUGGACCUACACGGGCUUGCAGGGCGCCGUCGUGCUGGCCAACGACCUGGUCGGCAACACGUUCUGGCUCAAGAUGGUGGACAUAUCGCCCCAAAGUCGCGGUGUCAUAUGGGACCAGGAGAUCUACGACACCUUCUCCUACAACCAGGACCGCGUCUUCUUCCACACCUUUGAGCUCGAGGACUGUCUCGCCGGCCUGUCUUUUGCCGACGAGAAGGAGGCCAAGACGUUCAAGAAGAAGCUCGACGACCGCGAAAAGAACGCCCACAAGAACACAAAGAACAAACCUUUCAGCGCAUCCGCAGGGAGCAGCGCGCCUGCCGCCAACGGCAAGAGCGGUGGCGGCCACGGCCACGGCCUGCUAGGAGGGCUCUUCGGACACCGCCAUUCUUCUGCACCUGGCCCGCCGCCAGCAUCCAUCAUUCCACCUACCAACGUUACAUCGCCCGUGCAAAGCACCCACUCCAACGCGACAAGCGCCCGAAACUCAGCCAUCGACACAACCGACCCAUCAUGGCAGCCGCUUCUGAAAGAAUUGCUGGCCAUGGGCAUUACCGAAGACCAGAUCGAAGAAAAUGCCGACUUUAUCAAGCUGUACAUUGAGCAGAGGAAGACAGAGGAGAAGCUCAAGGACGAGAACAACCAGCGCAAAUCCAGAGCGCCUCCCCCUCCCCCACCGAGUGCGCCGCCUGCAGCCGCAUCUCUCAGCCCUCAGAACACUGGUGGUUCCAAACGAGGACCUCCGCCAGCACCCCCGCCAGCGCGGAGAACAAGGACAGACGCAACCGUCAACCGCAAUUCUUCGGGAAGCCCUGCGCCGCCAUCGCCGACACGCGAAGCUUCUCCCCCUCCAGGACCACCUAAGCCUGUUUUCAGAGCACCCCCUCCAAUUGCCGAAGCAGGAAAGUUUGCAAAUCUUCCCCCUGCACCACCAAACAGAGCGCGAGCAUCGUCCAACGCUGCCAACCCAGGGCCCCCGCCGCCACCACGCCCACCGAAGACGCCAGUGCCCGACGAAGCUCCAGCGGGAGGCAAGUUCGGCGUGCCACCGCCCUUCACGGGCAACCGCGUACCCUCAGGCGCUCCACCACCACCCCCAAGUCGUGGACCAGUUCCACCACCCCCUCCAGCAAGAGAUACUCCAUCCGCGCCUCCACCACUGCCCCCGAAGACAUCGGCAGCCCCGACACCACCCCCUAUUCACAGCAUACCACCACCCCCACCACUACCACCGUCUUCGUCUCGUCCUGCUCCACCUCCAGGCGCAGCACCAGUCCCCCCGCCUCUACCUCCAACAAGCAAUGUAGCGCCCAUUCCCCCACCUCCACCGCCUAUGCCGAACAGGUCGAUUCCCCCUCCGCCACCGAUGCCCAACAGCUCGGCACCACCUCCACCCUCAGGCGCGGCACCGCCUCCACCGCCCAUGCCACCCGCCCCGCCGCCAAUGCCUUCACGAAGCGCUGUUGCGCCGCCUCCGCCUGGACCUCCACCACCCCCAGGUGGCGGCCCACCUUUGCCCAAGCCCGCGGCGGGACGAGAUGGCUUGUUAGCGGAUAUUCGUGGAGGAGCGAAAUUGAAGAAGGUUUCGGAUUCAGAGAAGAAGGACCGCAGUGCGGCGGCAGUUCCUGGUGCAGAACCGGCUGGCGGAGCCUCCGGUGGAGCCUCUGGCGCAGCUACACCUGGAGAUGCUGGCUUGGCUGGAGCAUUGGCCAGCGCUCUUGCGGCAAGAAAGUCUAAAGUUAGUCACAGUGAUGACGAGUCCGACAAGGACGACUGGUAA